UUGCAGCGUAAAUGUAUUGAAUUUGCGCUAAAAGCGAAGCCACACCGACGCUAUAUACCUCGCAAUCGAUUCCAGUACCGUGUUUGGUGGUUCGUAACAUCUCAGUUCUUUGAAUACGUCAUAUUUAUAAUAAUACUGCUAAACACGACCACACUGGCGAUGAAGCAUUAUCCUCCGGACCCCGGCAUGGACCAUGUCCUCGAUGUGCUCAAUCUCAUUUUUACGGGAGUUUUUGCACUUGAAGCAGUAUUUAAAAUCAUCGCCUUGAAUCCUAAAAAUUAUUUUGGAGACAGGCAAGUCAUUUUUCUUUUUUUCUGA